AGCGAUGCUGCGAGCAGUCUUGGGUCAGAGAGAAACAAUGACACACACCAAAAGCAACGAGCUGGGUUUCUUUCGUACCUGGGACGGCGAGAAAUGCACGCUUCGUCGCAUGGGUGGUGCGGACCAGUCCYGCGAAGAGAAAUGCUCCCUCCGCAACGCACACACCGUCAAGGCCGGCGUUCCUUCUCCUUUUACGGCGACAGUAASCGRCAARCAASCCCAAACAUCGGAARCCCUUCCUAUACCGUGUACGGAGAAGAAGUGGCGUUUAGCAUCAAGGCGAUCCCACCCGAGUUCCGGGCCCUCGCCAGCGGAACGGUGGUGUUGGAUUCYGGAAAACGCGGCAGGUUCCUCUUCGAGUGGGCACCGAUGGACAACAGUAGCGGUGGAGACUAUGGGACGGGCCGAAAGUACCGAUGGGAUGCCACCACCCGGUUUGCGCUGACGGCCGAGGAAGCCGCGAGCCUCUUGGCCCGGCUCGAYCGGGGAGAUCCCUCGGUGGAGCUUUCKAGGCGACUGGCGGGGGACCACUACCAAAACCCYACCGGCAUGSCCGUCGACAAGAUUUUCAURGCCAAGCUCGUCGAGCUGGAAGAUGACGACGGUGGUCCCGAUGYCGAUGGUGUCGGGGGUGAGGGUGGCGAAGAGGCCGGAGGAAUGGCGAAAGCGGCAAAGAAGAAAAACAACGGGAUCAGCCUGCUGGUGGAUUACGUCGAUCCCGACAACCAGCGGCUGGGACAGAUUCCGCACCCGGGUUCCGGAGGAGACGGWGGGGRUGGCGGGAUGUUCGACGCCAGCGAAGGCUUUGUAAGUAGUCCAAAACARAAGCGCCUGUUUGUUGUUCCAUUGCCUKUUCUUCUUUGGGUUGGAAGAAACUUUCUUUCUUCUCACGCUCCAAUSUCGACUKCUGUCGUACAUCGAUUAUUGCCUUGUGUUGYAUCCAAUKGUCGUCCAUUGGAUUGGAAUGGAUUGGAUUCCAUUUUGCCGCACCACAUAACACAAAACACAACAACCAACAGAGAGGCCCCUUCGAAAUACGCCUCAUGAUUGGUGAGUACCAGGUGCUUAGGUCGAUCCUCGAGUAUUCCAUUCCCAGGCUGGUGGGCUGGUCCACCAUGUUCGAUCGAAACAUCGAGCAGGCCAUCAAUAGGAGCCUCCAGGGCGGAAACAACUACCGAGGCGGCGGUGGCGGCGGAUACAGAGGACCGUCGCCGCACAACUAUCAGGGCARUGGCGACGGUGGUGGGGGCUACUAGUAGUCCUAUAUAAUGUAUCGUGG